AUGGAACUACUGGAGAAGUCGCUUCGGUUCACCACUUUUAUACUCGCCGAUCAAGUACACCGCCCACCCCACUCCUCAAGUCCUCAAAUCAACACUCCAGUCCAAGCUAGCCAGCAAAGACGCCUCAUCCUCCCUACGCUCUCCCAGUCGCUCCCAGUUCAUGUGCGCCCGAACUCCACGCCACAGCCUGCCCCCGCCACCCUGCCAUCCCAAAGCUUCUACAACUGCCACCGAGAGGUAGCGAGCUCUACACCUGCUGUAAUCUUCCCCUCCGCGGUAAUUGAACCGAGAGAGGGAGGUAGUACAGGUAUGGUUUGUUGCUCUCGGGGACGAGAUAGGCCGGCGGCCGGCGGGCUGCUCGGGUCGUGCCUCCUCAUCGCCGCCCUCGUCCAGUUCUCGUUCCUCGGAUCCACCUUCCUCUUGGCCGUCGACGGUGCUCGCACGUCGUCAUUCAUGGCCAUGGCGCCGCUUCCUGUGGCUAUGGCCCCCUCGCCGUUGGGGCUCAAGGACGACAAAAGGCCUGUGCCCACGGGCUCAAACCCUUUGCACAACAGAUGAGGCGGAUCACAAUAUGGUGGCACGCAUAGCGAAGGUGCUGAUAUCCUGGGUCAGAGGAACUGCGAGUAUCUCAAUAUGAUCACAAUACAGUGCGUGUAUCUGAGCAUGCAGGGAGAUCAACUUGCGAUGCGAUCGACAUUCGAUGGUGCUGCGAGACUCCGUAAGCUUCUGAUUCUACUUCUUUUCUUCUCCGCGUCAAGCCGUGUGAAGUCAUCGAUCAGUCGGUGUUUUUUUUUUUUUUGUAAUCGAUCAGCUGGGGGUCCGUCUGAUCGAGGAGAAAGGAAGCUGAAUGAGAAGGGUACUGGGUUGCGCUUGUAUUACUAGUUAGCUAGCUUGGUAUAGUUCACCCUUGCUGUUUUGUAGUAUGGCAUUCUUGAUGCUUCAAGUAAAAAACAUUCAUGUAA